CGAGCUCCCGCUCCUAGAGCCGUUGGUCUGAUUUACCCCGGGGCGCACGGACCGCUGCCUUGCAGAUGAGCCCAGGACAACUUCGAGGGUCUCGGAUUUGUGGAUUCAUUAGGACAAACUGACUUUCAGGGUUCGGAUUCUGAGGAUGAAAAGCGAGCAAACGUUUACGCCCGUUCCAGCGGCGCCAAUUACGCACGAGAAGCGCGCUCAGCGGUGAGCUGCAGAGCCACGAUGACGGUGACGUACACGGCCCGGGUGGCCAACGCGCGCUUCUGCGGCUUCUCCAAGCUGCUGCUGGCCUGGAAAGGCAGCAUUUACAAGGUGCUGUACAAAGAGUUCCUGGCUUUCUUUGUGCUGUACGCCGCCAUCAGCAUCACCUACAGAUUUCUUCUUUAUGAGGACCAGAAGAGACACUUUGAGAAGCUGGCCAUUUACUGCAACCACUACGCCAGCCUGAUCCCCAUGUCCUUCGUGCUGGGUUUCUACGUCACCCUGAUUGUGAACCGGUGGUGGAACCAGUACACCAGCAUCCCGCUCCCGGACAGGAUCAUGUGCGUCUUGUCAGGAGGCCUGCAGGGGAACGACGAGCGAGGGCGCCUGCUCAGACGCACCCUGAUGCGCUACGCCAGCCUGUCCUCUCUGCUCAUCCUCCGCUCUGUCAGCACCGCCGUUUUCAAGCGCUUCCCCACCAUGGACCACGUGGUGGAGGCCGGAUUCAUGACCAGAGAGGAGCGGAAGAAGUUUGAGGGCCUUCAUUCUCCUUACAACAAGUUCUGGAUUCCCUGUGUUUGGUUCACCAACCUGGCUGCAGUGGCUCGCUGCGAGGGCAGAAUCAGAGACGACCACACGCUCAAGCUCCUGCUGGAGGAGCUGAACGCCUUCAGAGGGAAGUGCAGCUUGCUGUUUCAUUACGACAUGGUGAGCGUGCCCCUGGUCUACACUCAGGUGGUGACUCUAGCGGUGUACAGUUUUUUCCUGGUGUGUCUGAUUGGUCGUCAGUUUCUGGACCCCGGUCAGGGUUACCAGGGCCAUGAUCUGGACCUGUACGUGCCGAUCUUCACUCUGCUACAGUUCUUCUUUUAUGCAGGCUGGCUGAAGGUUGCUGAGCAGCUGAUCAACCCCUUUGGAGAAGAUGAUGAUGACUUUGAGACCAACUGGCUCAUCGACAGAAACUUUCAGGUGUCAAUGAUGGCGGUUGAUGAGAUGUAUGGAGAUCUGCCGGUGAUGGAGCGAGACAGAUACUGGAACGACUCCAACCCUCGGCCUCCGUACACGGCCGCUACGCUCUUUGUCCUCCGCAAACCCUCCUUCCAGGGCUCCACCUUCGACAUGGCGAUCCCUAAAGAGGAGAUGCACUUCCAGCCCCUGGAGAACAUUGCAGAGAAUAUGGAGGAGUCCGGCACGCGCCACCCCAACAUUGCCCUGUUCAACCGCCUCCUCACUGCUGCUCACUCGCCAUCCAGCUUUAUGGGCGUGGCUUUCCGACGAACGUCUGCACAGCUUCAGAGGCUCCAGCACUCCCCCAGCACUGACCGCUGCCUCAGCGAUGACGAGGAGGAGGAGGAGGACAGCUGUAAAAUGGGGAAGGCGGGCUCUCUGCCGUCCGGCCUGGGGCAGGACACCCAGAGCACGGUGUGCAGCUUCAGGGACGACAGGGGCGGCAGGACACCUCUGCUGGACCUUCGGUUUGGGGAAGAGCAGGAUCAGGGGGCGGAGCCAGAAGAGAAGAGUAGCAGAAGGAUGAAGGAAGGACGGAAUAAAGAUAAGGGACAGACGUGCAGAGCUCCAGCAUCGCUGCUGCCCCCCCCGCCACAGACAGGUCAGCCUGCCGCCGCCAUCCCUGCUCCCUCCCAUCCCACCCUCCUACUCCACCCCGGCCUGGAGCACUGCCGGUCCCAGCCGUCCAUCAGCAACCACUGGGCUGCACCUGCAAGCCUUAACUCCCCCUCAGCUGGAAUGUCCUUCCUCGCCGUGCCCCCCGACGGUGAGCCGCAGCGCGUUCGCAGCGUGAGCAUGGGGUCAGAGUUCACAGCGUCUUAGGUGGCCGCUGCCGAUGUCCUCUGGGGGGAGCAGACGCAGCGUUCACCCGGAAACCAAGUCAAGAAAACUUUCCUUCAGUCCCAAAAACUGCAGCUGGAGGCGGAGCAAUUCAACAAAGGUGAAGAGGAUCCGCAUGGAAAACCGGGACACAAACUUUCAGUUUUCCUUAGCAGGAAAUAGUCUGUACCACAAGUAGAGUCUAUAUAAAUAAGGCAGUUUACUACUGUCUAUAUAUUGUAAAUGUAAAAUGUUCUAAUUUAGUCUGAAGAAGUCUAUUGUAUGUUUGCUAUAUUAUACUUAAGUAUGUUUAGUAAAAGUAACUCCAAAAGGUUCACUUGUUCUUAGUGGAAGAGAAGGGGGCGGGUCCAGCAUGGUUUUAAAUCUCUAUCCCUUACUUUCUCUCUGGACUUUACAUGUUAUGGUUCAUUAGAGUGACUGUGAGACGGUUUAAUCUCUACAGCUCAUCCUAUUUAUCCUGACUAUGGAUGAAAUGUUGUGAUUUUGUUAAAAAAGUUUUAAACAAAAUCAUUAAAAACUGACAUCUCACUUAGUUUGAUGUUAUUUUACAGUUUUUCCCUGUUGCUUUGGCUCAUUUCUUGAAACAGAAAUGACAUUUAUUAAAAUAAAAGCUCAUUUGGCUAAACACACUUAUACUUUUCCAAAACAGUUCAGAUCUCUAGAAAAAACAGUUUUUUUUACCAAAACUCUUCAGCAGCUCAUUCUUUUCCCCAGUAAAGAGUCAGAGCCCUCGUAACAACAUGGAUCCUUCUCAGUUGAUUUUGCUCAUUCAUUUAGUUCUCUUGUCAAACAACCUGGAUUUUCCAGCAAAACGCCAUGGAUCGGAUAUCUCCUCCAAAACUCUUUACUCUUGGGUCAAAAUGAAGUUUUUUACUCACAUGGAUGGUCAGAGAACUCAAAAAGAAUUGUCUCUUUGUCAUUGUGUGAGCGCUGCAGGUCAAACCGCUUAGACGUUUUGUGACAAUAGAAGUCGAAGUAACGACACGUAGCAAGCAUAAAAGAUUUCAAAGUAUGUAAUGUAAAAAUUAACCCCUCCCAAAAAAAAAAUCAAAGCAGCCUACAGUACUGCAAAUGGCAUUCUAGUGUAAGGUUCACUGGUCACCGUUGGUCUCCUCCCUCUCAGGAUGAUCAUCUUGAUGCCUCUGGCCAUCCAGACGCUCUUCUCUGUUUGGCCAAA